GUGCCUUUUCUCUCAUUGGUAGCUGAGGAUCUUCAAAAUCAUGAACCCGAGAUUCCUCAUAGGCUCAUUGAAAGGACAAAGAUUUAGAAAGAAAAUAUCAGGUCUGAGUCUGAGACCUGAAUUAAGAUGCAGGUCGACUAACUGGUUCAAAAUCACAGCUGGUAACUUAUUCAAAGUUCAUGAUUUGCAAAAUCAAUCACGUUUUCAUGCUUAAGUUGCCAAGUCCUGUAUUACCAUCAAGGCCUAUAAAUACCAUCUGGCUUAUCUAAUUCUAUUCAUAUAACUAUAUUUGAGUUCUAACUUCCAGCAAUUGAUCAUCUAUAGAGAAACUGAGAUACAAGGUAUAAGGAAAUGGCAAGCUUUAGGAAUAAGAAUACGAAUACGAAUAUGCUAGCUUGCUUAAGCUUAAUGGUUGUUAUGGUGGGUUUGAUGAAGGGUGCAACAGCAGUAGAAUAUGUAGUUGGUGACAGCUUAGGCUGGACUCUUCCACCAAACACCUCCUUGUAUUCAGAUUGGGCUGCCUCCAAGACAUUUCAGUUAGGCGAUAGAGUUUUCUUCAACUGGACUGGAAAUCAUAACGUGGCGCUACCAACUAAGGAACAAUAUGACAACUGCAGUGACCUGCAAUCCAAUCUUGGUAGUCCGGUGAGCGUGGAACUUACUGCUGGCUCUAACUACUAUUUCUGCACCGUUGGCGACCACUGUAAGGCCAGAAGGUAACCAUCACUGUAGGAUCCUCCUCUCCAACAUCUGCUCCGCCUUCAGGCGCCCAUGCUACUGUUGCAUCUUUACUACUCGGGCUCAUCAGCUCCGCACUAGCCAUUUCUUUCUUCACUUCCAUGUGAUGGAUUCAUGCAACUGAUUCUUUGUCAUCAAGUCUGCUAUAUAUGUAAUUACAAUAAACUGAUCCUCGAUCAUCAAGGAUCAUAAUGUAACAUUAUAUUGCACAAUUCUUUUGAAUAAAAAUGGUAUUGAUGCCAUCAAAGUAUAUAUAUUGCUAGCACAGUAUGCUCUAUGCUGCUGUAACUUUGCAAUAUGUAUCCCAACUAC